AUGGCUAGACAUCGCAGCGUGCGUAAAAUGGAUUACGAUGAAGAAAUGUUCGGGGACGAUGAUGAUGAAUACGAUCAACACUACGAAGACGAAUAUACCGCUUCCCCAUCAGACACGAGUUACCUCUACCAACGGACACGGCUGACGUCCACAAAUCAGACAGUCGCGAAUGCUCCAAGGCUCUUCGAGUUUAUACCAGACGACAAACCAGCCGCCGUCGAGAACACAUUCAAUUUCGACGAUGAUUCUCCGAUCGAUGAGGUCGAGGUUCCGCCGCCGCCCGGAUUUGCCCCAAUUAGCAAGCCACCCACACGGCCGAGCUCUUCCGCUUCCACAGCACGUGACCCGGUUAAGGCCGCCGGCUUCAGCAUCAGCCGAAUUGAAACUCCCGAGCCCCGCGUUGUCGAAAAUCUUCGUGGUGGGCCAUCGACGAAACGAAGCGAUUCCAAAUCGCCAGCGCGGGCCCUUAUGCGCGAGAAUUGGGAAGCGCCCAAAGGCUUGACACCAAACGCGUCCUCUCACAGGCUCAACCAACUCGCUUCCAUCCUUGCUGCACCUUCAACCCCGAGGCGGGAACGUAAAAGGGCAGAAGGGAAAGAAUUGAUCAAUUUGGUCGUCGUCGGCCAUGUAGACGCGGGCAAGAGCACCAUGAUGGGUCAUUUGUUGUGUAAGCUGGAUUGCGUAGACCAGCGCGUUAUGCACAAAUAUCGACAGGAAUCGGAACGGCUUGGGAAGGGAUCGUUUGCGUUCGCUUGGGUAUUGGACGAGACGGAGGAAGAGAGGGCGCGAGGUGUGACGAUGGACAUCGCGAGGACGAGUUUUGAAACGGAACACAGACGAAUCGUUCUCCUUGACGCGCCCGGCCAUAAAGACUUCAUUCCGAACAUGAUCACUGGAGCAUCGCAGGCCGAUGCCGCUCUCCUCGUUGUCAACGCAAAUAUUGGCGAGUUCGAAUCUGGCUUCGACAAAGGCGGUCAGACCAGGGAACACUCGAUGCUUAUCCGGUCUCUUGGCGUCAGUCAGCUAAUCGUCGCCAUCAACCAAAUGGACAAAGUCAACUGGUCGGCCGAUCGCUAUAAAGAGGUGGAGUCGCAGAUCCGUGUCUUCCUGGAGCGACAAGCCGGAUUCAGCAAGAUUACUGUCGUGCCCUGUUCCGGAUUGGCUGGUGAAAAUUUGACGGAACGCGUAAAGCCUGGGUCCCUGUUGCACAAAUGGUAUGACGGCCCUUGUCUGCUGGAAUUGAUUGAUCGAUUGAAAGCCCCUGCCAGGGCUUCUGACGGGCCGCUACGGGCGAUCAUCAACGAUAUCUUCAAGGCCACCACUUCGCAGCUUUCCGUUUCGGUGAAAAUUGAAUCGGGAGAUGUUGAGGCAAACGAUGAAGUGUACAUAAUGCCCACCGCGAACACCGCAUUUGUAAAAGCCGUUUCUAUGGAAGGAAGCAGCGCGGCGAGCGGAGCUUUCACCGGAAGCCAAGCAUUGAUGACGCUCAAUGGCCAAUUCGAGCCGGACACCAUCCAUCCGGGACACGUGCUGACGAGUCGCGGAAAAGAUGCCCUCAUGCCGGGUCGAACGUUCAAGGCACGCAUCGUCGUCUUCGACAUUGCCGUCCCGAUUAUGAAAGGGACGAAAGCCGAGCUCUACUGUCACUCCCUCUGCGAGCCGGUGACAUUUAAGAAGCUUGUCAGCGAGAUCAACAAGACCAAUGGAGAGGUGCUCAAGGAUAGGCCACGGUGCCUUGCCAAGAACCGGUCUGGUGUCGUCAUCCUCGAAACGGAGCAUGAAGUGGCUGUUGAGCCUUAUACGAUUUGCAAACAACUCGGCCGGAUCACGAUCCGAUGCAACAAUCAAACGAUCGCGGCGGGCAUCAUCGAAGCUAAAGUGGAUAUAGGGGAUAUU